AUGUCCAAUACCUCCGUGAAAGACCGAUUUACUGGGCAAACCGCCUCAAAUGGCAAUCAAGUGGAAAUUCCUGAAAACGACGAAGAGAUUCAAGUCUUCAACGCCAUCCCCAACUAUCCGGCUGGGUACAAGUUUGGUGACAAGUUUGUGGUAAGUUCUUUUAGGAUUCUUUUGAUAUUGAGGUAGGGUAUGAGGUUAGAUUGUUGAGUUUAAGUCGAGAAUGUCAGAAACAGUCAGUUUUUCUUAAAUUUUUGAAAUUUUUGAAAUUUUUUUAUAAUUUUAGUUUGUAGGAUAAAUUUUUUAAUAUUUUUUUUCAAAAAAAAACGUUAAAAUAACAUACAACACAUCAUCAAACUCACUAUCUUUUAGAUUGGCGAAAAAAUCGACGGUAACGGACACUUUGGAGUCACCUACCUGGCGACGCUUCUAUCUUCGGACCAAAAACUUCUUUUUCAUGUGAACAACAUCAAAGAGAACCAUCGAUCAGCCACAAAAUACAAAUAUAAGUUGUUGAGUAAAGCCCACGAGCACCAGAAACAUCAUUUCUUCAUCGAGCUCCACGAGCACGGCCCUUACGAAAACGAACACUUUUGGUACACUACCUAUUGCAAAAGUGGUCCAACUCUGCGUCAGAUCACGGAAGUUAUGCGACGGAAAGGUGAAGACAGAUUGAGUACGUCAACUGUGGGACGAUUGGCUCAGAAUUUAUUUGAGGUGGGAUUUGGCUUGGAGUUUUGGGGAUUUUGUGACUUUUUUAAGUUAACACGGUCGAAAAAUGAAAAAUUUUGUGAAACUUCGUAUUUUAGGCUUAAUUUAAAAAUUUUUAACUAAAAAAUUCAUUUUUCAGAUAGCCGGCUUCAUCCACCAAAACGGCUUCUUAAUCUGUGCCAUGGAUCAAAACAUGUUCGAGUUCGACGCCCGCUUCCGCACCCUUUUCCUCUCUGACAUGUCUUCCAUCCAGCCCAAGCCAACGGGCGUGAAUAACCUCGUCUGGCAUCGUGGACUGCACUACAGCCCCAUGGUGUGGUCAUGGCACGCUCAGAACUAUGUUAACUUGGAUAGGCUGACAACUAUGGAGUUGGAGUCCGUUUUCUACUUAAUAUUGGACUUGGCCUUGGGUGGACUGCCUUGGGCGUCCGAUAGUUUGGAUGAUGUGGCUGAAAAGAAGAGGAACUUGUUUAGGGAUGGUAAGAAAUUUUUGGGAGGACUUCCUAAGACGUAAGUUUUGGUUUUCUAUCUUUUGAUUAGUGAUUGGCUACUAAAACAUGAAUCUUUUGAAGAUUGCUGCUUACUAUAAUAUAAAUUUUGAAGCUUAAAAAGAAAAAAUGGGUUGUAAAUCUUAAAAUCUUUCUAAAAAUAGCAAAAACAGUUUUCUAAAAUUAAGUUUCAUUAUUUUAAAGCCAAGGUCUCUUCUCUUCAGCUACUUCAAGCUUUGGAAGCAAAUCGUGACCAUGGUCGGCCGCAACCGCCCCUACUCUGACCUCUCAAUAAUCCUCAAUCUAUGCCAGCAGAUAUACAAGAACGACGGUGCAUGUGCUUCGUGGAACGACAAGUUUGACUUUGAACGUGAUCGGACUUCAAAAGAAUUACCCGAGCUUGUCAUGGAGAAGGUGGCCAAGGACUCUAAGAGCAUGAAAGAUGAACAAAAGACGACUGAAGGCAACACAGAUGAUGAUACAUGUAGUACUUGUGCCAAAAGUACUAGUGUUACGACCUGCUCCAGUUGCGUUUUCACUGACAAUACGACAAGCACUGAAUUGAGCAAAGCUAACACUUUGACUUCAAAAAGCGGCCGACUUAUAGAAAAUGAGGUCAACGAAGAUCAAGGGAAGGAGGUUAAAGCCACGGAAAAUGAAAGCACGAAGAAAGCUAGUCAGAAAUCGACCAAAAAAGCCCAAGAUCAAAAUAAUAAUUGUAGCAAUUGUGUUUUCAAACACUAA